GCGAGAGUCAGCCUGUUGGACUUUCCCGCCUCCCGGGCAACCGUGCACCAAGCGAGGGCGAUCGGCCGCGGGGGUCGCCGCCGGCUGGUCGCCUCUCGCUCCUCUCGGCGGUGGUCUGAGGCCAGUGAGGUGUGGACUGCUUAUAGACUUUCACAGUCACAAAUAAGCAAGGAUAGUUCAACCCUCUUAGUGCAGUGCCCUGUCACACAGAUCAGCCAUGCCUGCCGAAGGGAAAAGUGAUAUGGAGAGGAUCGGCCUCUUCAGUGAAAUGGGUUAUAUUACCAUAGGAGAUAAAUAUGUACCACGUUAUAUGUGCGCUUUUAAUGAAGCUGCAAGCAAGAACAGACAGAUGUUACCUGGGGGGACCAAAACAUUGUCAGCUCUGCAGGCAGGUUAUUUUGAGCCCCAGUUUGUGAGGAUUUUCGAUGGUGAAGCCUACUCAAACCCUGUUCAGCUAAGGAGACGCUAUAGAUUGGCAGAAUCAAAGAAAAAUUUGGGCAAAGCUUUCCUCCCAAGUAAUGGAGACAAAUUGCCAUGUGGACUCGGCAGCUAUUAUGGAACCAUAGGAGGUUCGUAUGCAUACUUCAGUCCACAACUGAAAGCCAGAGAAAGAUACGUUCCUCCUGGAAAGAAUUUUUAUACUAAUCCAGGAAAGAAAGGAACUGGAUAUGGUUAUGCAAACCUUACCAUAGGCGAACAAUAUCCGCAUGAAUCUGAUGGGUAUGAAGUAGAAAGAAUAAAUGCAAAGAAAGCUCAAGAGGAACAUAAACGGUUGCUUAAAGGAGGGCCUUUCAAGUUAAAUCUAUAUCCCCAGGCGUAUUUUGACACGAAUCCCUAUUUUAAUGACAAACCUUUGCCACCUGUGAAGACACCACUUGCAGAGAAGCCAAUUGCAUCACCUUUCAAACCAAGUUCUCCUGCUAAAAAGUCAGGGGGCAUGAAAGGAGGCACAUUUGAUCCUUACCCAAGCCAUUCCGCUGACCCGUAUGUAAUUAAAAAAUCUGCGGCUGUUGCAACUACUAAAGGACGACAGAUUUUUCAUCCUCCUGCUGGACCAAAAAGCAGACCUGUUACAAGCAUAAUAACUUUAAAUGUCACAAGAUCAUUAAAUGUAAAGAACUACAAGACUGCACAGCUGACGACUUAUUAGGUACAAAAGGUGAAAUGAAGGGUACAUUUUAAGACUCUGUAAACUGUUAACAAAGCAAAUAAAAUGUGAAAAGUGGGAUUCGAGUAUAUAGGGCAAUCCAAUGUGUUUAAUUAUUG